GGUUUUUACAUUUUUAGCCUUUUUAAACAUAUCCUGUCACUGAUGACAAAUCAAACAGUGAGUGAAACGUUUAUAUUUUGAAAGACACAUUUGUCGCAUAAUGUACUUAUGAAACUGCUCCGUCUAAGGGUGCAUGCAUAGGAGCUUGCCAGUUAUAGGACACUUUGUAUGUUUGUAUUGUUUCAUAUUGGUGUGAUAUUUUAGAUAGCUUUUAUUAUUAAACGCUACAGGGAGCAUAUUUCUUCAGACCUGCAUAAUAAUCAAUAGAAUAUUGGUUUAAGUGCUAUAAAUUUCCACAGCCUGUCAAAGCACAAGCAACGUUCCACAAAUAUGCACCUCUACUCUGAUUGGCUAGUGAGAAAUUUUGGGGGGAAAAGCAGCAGUGAUGACGUUUUGCAAAAGCGCUUGGUGAAGUGGGGAGGACGGCGACUGCGAGGAGACAAGCUUUGUGUGCGCGUUUUUUUUUUUUUUUUCCGCCUUCUUUUUCUUCUCAUUUCAUGAACGGAUAAAAGUGCACGAGAAGUACUGCAGCAGCCAUGGAGGAGCAGGUCUUUGACGCUGAAUGCAUUCUCAACAAGAGGUUCCGAAAGGGGAAGUCAGAGUAUCUGGUGAAGUGGAGAGGCUGGUCCUCCAAACACAAUAGCUGGGAACCGCAAGAGAAUAUUCUUGACCCCAGACUUCUGGCUGCAUUCCACAAAAGGGAACAGGAAAAAGAAAUCCAGAUCCGCAAACAAGGGAAGAGACCGAGGGGCCGACCACGCAAAAAUGUGGAGCCAGAGGUUCCAAAAGUGACCAAGUCAAGCAGCUCUUCUUCAUCGUCAUCAUCAUCUUCGUCGUCAUCUUCUUCUUCCUCCUCCUCCUCCUCCUCCUCCUCCUCCUCCUCAUCCUCCUCUUCUAAUGAGGAGAGUGACAAUGAGACCAAGGCCGGGCCCCAGGGUCGAGAAUUGCACCCUGUACCGCAGAAAAAGGCCCAGAUAGUCAUCGCCAAGCCAGAACACAUAGACCCUGCCAAGAAGAAACGAGGCCGGAAAAUCAUUCGCCCCGAGCAGAAGACGAACAGCAAAAACAAAUCUCCCCGAAAGGUGCUAAAAACAGCCAGGAAAGACUCUGAGCUUAAAAUCAAAGAAAAAAUAAAGAAACCCCUUCAGCCUGCUAGCUUUACCUACCCUGGGCUAAGCAGGAGUACUAAAGACAUGCCAAAUGCCAAGAACACGUCUGGUUCUUUCACACCAGGAAAAGUAGCAAAAAGCUCUUUGAAUUCUGCAGUGGUUGGACCAAACCGACCAGCAGCCCCAAAUAUUCCCUCCGUGGGCAAACCAGCUCUAAAUAAAAACACAGCAGACUUCAAACCAGGUAUUACUCUUUCAGUUUCCAAUGCAUGCAGCCCUGGGCUGGGUUUGAAAAUGACGGCCUCAAAAUCACAGGGUGUUGCUGCACUUAACCUGCAUAAUUCCAGACUCUUGACUAAUCAGGGUGCGAUUAAGACUCCUCUCGGCUCUCUGAGUGAGAAAAAAACAGAAUUACUGGGGAAGACGCAAGUGCCGCGGCUUCAGAACAAUGGUAGAAAAUCCACCGCUGAUGUGUCUUCUCCCACUAAGAACAGUGCCAACCAGGCGCUUAACCUGCAUGCUUUAAACCUGCAGAGUGUCAACAAGCAUGGGCAAAGUGUCGGUGGCAGCAAUGCUUUGGGUACCAACACCCCGGUGUCCAGUAUAAAAAACUCUGGUAGUCCAAACAGAAAAUCCUCUGGGGGCAACACCCAACCGGGUAACAGCUUGAGGCUGAAUCUGGCUGCUUCCGCUCAUCAGAUCAACAGAAAUAGCCACCCUGGAGGAUAUCAGGAGAAACCAGAAGAAAGCAACAAGGCUGCAGUGGAGAAACGGGGCAAGAAGACAGGGCGGGCUGAGGAGCCAUCACACAAUAACCCAGCUCCGCCAACAGAAGUGCAGAACACUAGUAAGAAGAGGCAGGAGAGCAACACUACUACUUCAAAAGAGAGUGAAAAGCCGGCAACGAAAGUCUUAAGUGAAAUGAGCACGGGGGAAGAGGAGACGAGUUCAGAGUCGGACCAGGAUUCUUCCUUCUGCAGCAACGGGCGGAACAUGACCAUCUCUGUGCAGACCAACCAGGACUGGAAACCCCCACGCAGCCUGAUAGAGCAUGUCUUUGUGACCGACGUGACGGCUAACCUGGUGACAGUAACUGUGAAGGAGUCCCCGACCAGCGUGGGCUUCUUCAACAUCCGUCACUAUUGAACUGUGAUGCAUUGCAGCAGAAGGGGGUUAGGAUAACGCAAAGGUUUGUGGACAGGGAGUGGAGGUAGGGAAGAUAUAACAAAAGCAAUGCAGAGAAAGGAAUAUUCUUAACGGUAGUUGCAAAAACACUCUAUCUAUAACUGUAGAGUAAAGCUAUACGCUUGUUGGUAUCUGUGAAUUCCUAAUUCUGCUUUGCAUUUAGUUUUGUGAGCUUCUACAUUCUAUUCCACUAUAGGAUAAUAUUCCUCUAUCUCUUGGUGCCCCUGCAGAAACUACUUCUGAAGCUGUCAGUCCAUCUGCAUUGCCUCAGCAGUUUCACAAGGGUGUCUGAGUUGAUCCUUAAAAGCUUUGCAAACACUUUAAAAGUAGAGCAACAAAGUACCAAUUGUGUAUGCAUAUCAAUGCAGCUUUGAAGUACUGCUUAUUAUUAUUAUUAUUAUUGUUAUUAUUAUUAUUAUUAUUAUUAUUGGUGUCCAUAGUCCUGUACAUAAAGGUAUAGCAGGCUGUAUAAUUUUAAUGCUUUGAGGAAAAAGAAUAAUGUUGACAACAUUAUGCAUUUCCGUGCUCUAUCUGGUAAUGCUGUUUAACGCAAUGCCUCCAAUCUUUAGGAGUAUAAUUAGUCAUGUGAAAUGACUACUGAUUGACUGCGUUGCAUCCAAAUGGUGUGUGGUUGAUUUUUCAAGAUCGGGUUGCAUGGAAAUGGCAUUUGGAUGGCAUUUGCACAUGCAGGACUGGUUAACUGAACACAUUUGGAGAGCGAAGCUUGGCUGUCGUGUGUAAUCUGUGAAGUUGUACCAACAUGUAUUAUAAUCUUAUUAAGCAGGACCUGGUUCCAAUAGAAUACUUGGACCCAGUCGGCUUUCUUACUUCAAUAUAUGCAAGGAGAAGCGCAGAACCAAACCAAAUACUCGCCCAGGAACCAGACACUGCAUCAGGCUUUCAGAGUUCACUUUGUUUUGUGAUUGAUUCGUGUUAUUCCACUGUUUCCCAUAUUUUAUUUAAGUGUAACACACAAAUAUGUUUUUGGAAAACAAGUUACUGACAGCUUGUUUUUGUAUAACAACUUGACCCUGGCAAUAAAAUAUAAAGUUAAUUAUUUUUUAAACAGUCCAAUUCCUGUUCUUGCUGUUUCAUGUAAGGCUGGUAUGUGGGUUAUGAACAGUUUGAGUAUAGAAACUGUAAACUUGUAUACAGUCAUUUAAACCUGUGCAGUUGUAAUGGAUGUGGUUCCGACAUUAGUGUUCCUCCAAUGUUUUUCCUGUUACUAACAAUGCUAUUAGACUGGUUUUAUUUAUGUAAAAACACUAGAAAGGAGCUACAGAACUUUGUUUAUUUACUGCAAUGCUGUUUUUAUUAACCUUAAUAGUACUUUUAAUAAUAAAAAAGAAUAAGUGGA